AUGUGUAGAAACAGCUACUUCCACAUUGUUAACAAUGACUAUACUCAUUGGGAGGUGUACACUAUUGCUGGAAGUUCAAAUCCCACCAUUAACAGUCAGGGGAACAGAUAUCUUGCCCCUGUCAACCAUUUUGCUAAAGAGGUAACAAGGAGAGUUGUCAUUGGUAGUAAGAUUUGGAGGCACUGGAAUUGGAGAUCGGAAGGUGACCUUAUGCUAAAUGGUGCUUAUUAUACACCAAUUGGGCGUGGAGCAGUAGCCAACUAUGCCAGAGAUAUGCUCCUAAGGUCCUUAGUAAGGUUAGCUAAGGUCCUCAGUAGGGGCACAUUACUCCUAAGGUCCUCAGUAAGGGGUAAGGGCAAAUUGCUCCUAAGGUCCUCAGUAACAUAG